GCGCUGCAGAAAAAUAAAACAUUGGCCCGUUGGUAAAGCCACAAAGUCUCCUGUUUCCGACUGGACGGUGUUUUUGUCCUUUCGUCAUCGCGUUUGGAGAGGGACGUUACGUUACAUAUCUGAGCGCUGUGUGCUUAUGAUGCCCGGAAAAUCAGCACGGCGCAUCUCUGCACGUCUAGCGAGUUGGAGAAAACAUCGUCGAGAGACCGAUGUGCGACGCUGCUAACUAGUAUAUUUCACCAUGCGGACGGGGUGGUAGUGCUCAGGAGCGCUGUCAGCUGUUCUUACGUUGAACAUCACCGAGGGUGCGAGGAAGAUACUCCCGGCGCAGCGGCUCCGCUUCGAUCACUCAGGUGCACAAAACAGCUGACAAAGGAUGGAAUUCAAGCAGCUGGUGGACACGGCAGAGAAAUGGUGCUCCGGCAACCCAUUCGAUCUCAUAUUUGCGGAGGAGAUUGACGAGAGACGGUUGGAUUUCUAUGCUGAACCGGGGAUCUCGUUCUACGUCCUGUGCCCAGAUAAUAUGAAUGGUGGCACUGACAAUUUUCACGUGUGGAGUGAGAGUGAGGACUGCCUGCCAUUCCUACAGCUGGCCCAGGACUACAUCUCCUCUUGCGGCAAGAAGACGCUGCUGGAGAUCCUGGACAAGGUCUUCAGAUCCUUCAGGCCACUCCUAGGUCUUCCAGACAUAGACGAUGACACCUUCGAGGAGUACCAUGCGGACGUGGAGGAGGAGCCCGAGGCCGACCACCAGCAGAUGGGCGUCAGCCAGCAGUAACGCCUUCCAGCAGGGGCUGAGGGGGGCCGAGACAGCCUCCGCUGCCCUACUUUUCCACUCCUCCUCCACACACAUUCACGUACACACACACACACACACACACACACACACAUACGCAUACAUACUCACAUGGGACAGCCAGCUGAACUACACCACAUCGCCCUUUAACUACUCAACAAGCUAAGCUUUCCAAAGUAGCACAUUCAGCAGGCUUCUUACUCCUUAUGUCCAUCUUCCAAAAAAGGGUGGUUGCUAGGAUAUUGUCAGAGGAACCAUUCAUGCAAUUAAGCUCCCCCGUACACACACACGCACACCAACACACACAGACAUACACCUCCAUUUAUCGACCCGUUUGUGACUUUAGCUGACAUUGCUUUAUAAAAGAUUGAAUACCUGGUGAUGUGCCCAAGCGCCUCAUUGGUGCGCUCUGAAACUGAGUAUUUGAUUGGUUUGCUGUCUUUUUAUGUUCAGGAGAGGGCAGUGAAACCAGCACUGAGGAGAGAUAAACAGAAAUUUUAGGGCUAACCCGAGUCAGAGCAACGUGUGUCAUAGCCAGUGUUUGAUAUGUUAUAAAGGAAUGUUAUCACAAAUGGUCUGCAUUGAGGAUUUACAGUGCACUGAAGGAGAAUUACCUGUCCAUCCAAAAGCGUUGGUCAUGUCGUAAUUUUGGCUAUAAACUAAAUGUGUGUAUGGGUUUAAAGACACGUGCAUGGCAAUAAAUCCCUUUGAACAUUGAAGUGAAUCAAAACAACAUGCUUAAUUUAAUCUUCUCAAAUUAUUUACUCGGGUUAUUGUGUUUUCAAAUCCUUGAAAACUGUUUUGAAGAGCCACCAGACAUGUUCUGCAUUGUUUCACUGGAUGACAUGCGUACAUUCAGAGAGGAAUCUCGCUGUGCUUGAUUGAACAUCAUUACGUCUUGCUCACGAUAAGUGAAGUGUACUAUUCAAUUAAACUUUUUGAAAAGAGCAGCACUUUAAUGAGAUUGUGUCGGUCUCCCCAUGCAUUCAAAGAACAAUGCAAGUUAAUGACUCAUAAUUAUCAUUAAUUAUAGGGAGAGGGUGCAAAAAUGUAUGAUGAUAACAUCUCUGCCUUCGCGCUGGCCCAGCAGCACCUUUUCUGAUGCUUCAGAAAUAAUAAUAUCAUUUAUGCCAUAUCUUUCAUCUCGAAAGGAUCUAAAAGUACUGUAUAAGGAGGACGUAGUUAGCUUCUUUCACCAUGAAGUUGAGGAACCUUCCUGGGUGAAGCAUGGCAGCCAUUUUGUGGCAGAAUAUUCAACACACAUGGCCCACUAUGAAGGGGCAGGUGUCUGGUCAAAUCGAUAAAGGAGGCUAGCAUGGGAAGGACAGAAAGGAAAUGCACUGGUGUGCCAUGGUGGCAUUGUGAUUAAGGACCUGGCUUGUGAACCAAAGGGUGCAGGCUCAAUGCCCAAAUGCAGUCCUCUUGUUGUCUCUUUGAUAUUAGUUUGGGUGACUUGAACAUAGUUGCUUUCCUAAAUACCAUCCAUGUGUGCAGAUAUAUGUUAAAAAAAAAAAAAAACAGGGAGCCCUGAAAAACAAGUGUCUAAGCAAACAAUGUGUUGUAAUUUGUCCCUUUUCAUUAUAAUAAGUGUCAUGAGGGCUUGAUGACCCCUCUGGGUGGAGGUCACAGUUGACCACCCCCUCAUGAAGACUGGGUCCCCCAACAGCUAUACAGUCUAUGGAGAGGAGCAGAUCUCAGCCUGAUUUUGGACAUACAGUAUCAAUCCUGGUCUCUUAUUUAGGUGUGAUGGCUCAGAAUACAGGGCCCUUUGUCCUGGAGUCUUAAUUGAAUUAGCAGCCCUGGGAUGGGAGGACGGUUGAGUGGUGCUUGACUCUGUAAUCACGAUCAUCACUCUCUCUCUGUGCGAUAGCCUUGUCUGGGAAAACACACCGCAAAGGCAGAACAAAGGGAGAAGCAAUGCUUUUAGAGAGGGCCCUGUGUUAGUGUGAGCUGAUGGGCUCUUACGAGGGCCGUGUGAUUGAGCUUAAUAGACGCGUGUGAUUGUGUGAGUUGAUGAGUUAGAGAUCUGUGUGACAACACUGAAUAGGCACGAGUGAAUUACAAAGCACAGGGCUGUUUGAUUGCACUGACUGGAGGUGUGUGAUAAUGUAGGUUGAUGAGUUAGAGGGCUGUUCGAUUGCACUGAAUGCAGGUGUGCUAGUGUAAGCUGGUGAGUCAGAGGGAUGUUUGAUUGCACUGACUGAAAGUGUGUGACAGUGAUGGCUGAGUUGUAGGGCUGUGCGAUCACACUGAAUGUAGGUGUGUGAUAGUGUAAGUUGAUGAGUUAGAGGGCUGUUCGAUUGCACUGAGUGGGACUGUGUGCUGGUGCGCCUCGGUGAGAUGAAGCUGAGUUGUGUGAUUGUGAAUGUGUGGACAGGAAUUAAGGCAGGGCUGUAGAGCAGGGUUUAGGGUUAAAUCAGCCUGCACACUGGCUUAUAGAGGAACCUUAAGUGCUGCAUCCAUACCUUUUAACUUUGCUCUCUGCAUGAAAGCAAUGUCUUGAGAAGAUCACUAAUAUUGCCUUUCGCCUUUCUGUGUAGUUUUCUGAUGAAGGAGAUGAUGAUGAUGAUGAUUAUUGCUGUCUUUGCCACUUCCAGGGCAACAUGUAUAAGUAAAUAAUGUAAUGCUUGUCUUAUAUGUGUCUUUUUACAUAACAUCCAUUUGUACAAUUGCGAUUACAUACUUUGAUGAUCAUGGAUUGCAUUGCCCAGCCCCACUUAGCUUCAGCCUUUAGGAGGUAGGCAGUUCCAGGAUGGAAUGGCUACUGGGUCACAUAGACAGCAGCAGGACCCCAGCUGCAAUUUGAGCCUGCAACCUUCUGGUUCUGACAAGCCAAUAAAGAGACCUAGACCCUAUACCCCUCAUCACUCUUCGCAACACCACAGGUUACCUGUAGGGAGGAGGCUGCGUUUUUACAUAAUGAUAGAUUCUUUUAUCAUGGCAGUUAUACUCCUUUUUUAUCUGAUGUAUCAGAGACCAGCUAUGAUGCAGCCCUCACAGUUUACGUAUUUUAUUUAUAUAUCCUUUUCAUAGUAUGUUGCUGGAUCAGAUGUUCUUAUUUCACUGAAAGCACUUGAAGAUGGUACUGGGAAGCACCCUUCCAUAAAAUGCACACAUGCUCUGCAAGCUAAUAUCUGUUCUCUGUUCCUCUGAUAACACCCAACAAUGCAGAACUCGGCCACCGUAACUACUCCUGCCAAAUCACAAGUUGUCACAGUUGUAGCAACAUUUUUACUCUGGCAAACCAUCGCAGCACUACUGUGGGCACAGUACCUAUUACCCGGAGUCAAGCCUUAACGAACAAACCAAUAAAAAAAUAAAGAUUUAUUGGCUGAAUGUUGUGAUUCAACUCCUCCUUGCCUUGAGCGACGCUGCACCCCAGGGAGUAUUCGAAAGUAGGGCAACAUUUUGGACCCAGAUGUUCCUCGUUGCCUGACAAAAUACUACAGAUUGUGACGCAACUGUUGACCAUAUGCCAGCUUCUGCAGAACAUCCAUACAAUGUUCAUAUAAUGGUAUGACAUUGUCAUAACGACACCACAGUGUUGCCAAAAACACCCACCCCCUCCGACCAACUCCCCUCAUGGAGGCUGUGAGGACCUCCAGCAAACCCCGUUUGAUUCACACUAGCUUUUUACGCUCUUUUAUCUUAUUUUAACUCUGAUUAAGUUCGCUGAAAAUUGGCUUCCUGUCCACAGAGGUGUGCUGCAAGUGUAGUAGCGAUCCAUAUCAACUAGUCUGUUGUGGGAUUAGUCCAAGCUGCUGUCUUUGAUUUUGAAUCUUUAUUGCUUUAUUAUUUUUUUUCUUUUACUUACAGUGCACUCAAAUGCCCUUGGUCUGGGUCAGACCAGUGGGCUUUUAAUGACCUGGCAUUAUCUUUUGUAUUAAUUGAUUUUUGUUUUGUUCUGUUUUUUUUUUUAUAUGUUUUUUAUUGUCCCCACCUUCCCCUGUGUGUUUUACAUUUAUAUUCCAAUGGUUGUAAAAUUCUGAUUGAAAAUACAUGUUGAAAGGAUGUCAAAUCUCUCUAUUUUUUGCUUGGAGACUCAGUUCUUUACUCCUUGGCAGGCAAGACUAAGCCUCUAAUGA